AUGUCGCCUGUCUCCGUCGAUGGCAGCGACUGGUCUGGGAUCAACCAAUAUCAAAAGACGGAGCCGCCCUUUUCGCCAACCUUCUCUGCUCGAGGAAAUCUCGCCACGCCCCCAACCUCGCAAGGCAUUCCCAGCGCUCCCUUGAGCCCGAGCAUUCCGCCUCCCACAGGCAGCGCAAACCCAUCACCACCCAGUUCGAUAGCUGCACGUUCGAGCGUGGGCACGCUGGGUGACGGUCAACGCGAUCCCAGACGAUAUCGGCAAAUGGAGGAGAUUCUGGGCCAGCACUAUGCCGCCCUCAAGAGAUUUCUGAAUGCUUCGUACCGCGACGACCGCGGACCCGGUCGUUCCAAUAAAGCCAGAGACAAGCUACUCCGCUUGUCACCCACCCAGUUCCACGAACUCAGUACCGAUGUCUACGAUGAGCUGGUCCGGAGGCAGCAGGCCAUGCCGCCGCCGGGCCGCCCACCCAGGCCCGAUGUGCCUCCUUUCCUGCCCCCGCGCAAAGAAUUCCACGAAAAGCGCAACCAGGCCCGCCAGAAGCUGGCGUCGCUACAGCACCAGCGAUUUCGCGAUCUGGCGACCGACGUGUACUGUGAGCUGGAGCGCCGGUUCCCACACUUCACGGGCCAAAACUUCCGGGGCCGGCCAGGUGGCCCGCCAGGCGGGGAUGCACCAUUUGCGCGAUCGUUCCAAAGCAAUACGAUGGUUCCGAAUAAAAGUACUAUGGUCGAAGAUAGUGACGAUAUGGGCAUGGACGAUGAUGAUGAUGCUCGGAGUGAUGCCUUUGCGUUGGAUGCGGUUCUAAGCAGACGGGGCACGACCACCACGAUUGGCGAGAGUGAAAGAAGACUCCUGGCGGAUAGCCAGGCCCAGGUCUCGGCAUUGCAGGAGAAGAUUGAUAAAUUGGAAGAGAUGGUUCGUUCCAAGGACGAGGAACUGGCCCGGUCGCAGGAUGCUUCGCAAUCUGAGGCGAGCAAAGAACGUGAAGAGUGGGAUGAACUGCGUCUGGAUCUGGAGGCCAAGAUGGCCCAGGCCGAGGACCGGAAUAGCUCGCUUCAACUGGAACUCGAACGCGUCCGCGCAGAGCACGAUGUCAUGGAGCGUGACCUUCGCACCCAGAUCGAAGAUGCCGCCCGAGGCACCGAGGAUGCGGCGUUGGCAACCCGGUACGCAGAUCUUGAGAUCAAACACGACAGCUUGCAAGCCGAGCUGCAACACCAGCGCAAGGUCACCGAAGAAGUCCGGCAGCAAGCGUCUACCUUCCUCAUGGAGAUGAAAACGCUCUCCGAGCAGAGCCAUGCGACUUGGGAGCGUGAAGAACAGUUGUCCGGCCAAGUCCAUCGGCUCGAGGACGAGGUCAAUGAGUGGAAGCACCGCUACGCCAAGGCGAAGGCGCAACUACGACAUGUCCGCGCCACGUCUGGCGGUAUCGCUGACUCUCGCCCUGACGCUAGCGUGCUUGUCAAGGAGCAUGAAUUGGUACAGGUGGACGGAUUGAUCAGAGAUGUUCAUGUCACCAAGUUCCAGAUGUCCGUGGACGAGCUGCUCCGCGUCGCUCGCUUCGAGGAAUCGCGCGUGGUGGUCCACCAGAUCAAGCUCGUCAUCGUGGCCGUCCGCCACAUCCUCCAGGACGUGGACCAAGGCCCGCUCCCCGUGGACGGAAGUGCCGCUUUGCGCACCAGGGCCAAGAACCGCGUGGCUACCACGACGAACAACAUGAUCACCGCAGCCCGCAACUUCGCCAGCUCCAGCGGCCUGUCGCCUGUGUCGUUGCUCGAUGCAGCAGCUUCGCAUCUGGCUAUUGCUAUCGUGGAGUUGAUCCGCGCGGUGAAGAUCCAGGCAUCGCCUGCCACCGAGCUGGAGGAUGAUGAGGCCGAGGUGGCGCAGAUGAAUGGCCAAGGCUACUUCGAAACCCCUGCCAGCCAAAGACGGUAUAGCAAUGGCUCUGAGUACAGCGCUAUGAGUCCCCCCGACCAUAGCCAUAUCUCCUCAAUCCAGAACGGUAUUAUCAAUGGCUAUGGCGCCGCGCAGGAGGACCACGAAGUCCAAGAACUCAAGCUAUAUGUCGAAGACCAAACCGACGGCCUCGUUCAAUCCAUCCAGUCCCUAGUCGCCAGCAUCCGCGCCGAGGACGGUCUGACCACCGUGCAGACCCACGUCUCUGCGAUUUCUGACGUUGUCGCCAACGUCGUCUCCUCCACCGAGCACCUGGUUCACGAGCGCAGCAGCGACAAAGCUCUGCGAGAGCGCGCAGAGCCCAUUGUCCAGGUCUUGGACGAAUGCCGCGCCCGACUGGAGGGAACUGCCGCUGACGGUCCGGACGCCAUUAACAAGCUGCCGCCUAUUGCAUUUGAGAUCGCGCGCCAGACCAAAGAGCUUGUGCAUCGUCUUGACACGGCUGCCAAUGGAUAUGAUGAUGAGGACUUCCGAUGA